AUGACAGAACAUGGAAAAGUCAUUGCUGCUUAUUUUGCUGCUUGGUCAAUAUAUGCACGAAAAUUUUUUGUACAAGACAUAGACUACGAUAAACUUACUCAUAUACUGUAUGCAUUUGCAAAUAUUAAAAACGAUGGUGAAGUAUUUUUGGGUGAUCCAUGGUCUGACACUGAUAUUCAUUUUGAUGGUGAUUCAUGGAAUGACAAUGUAAAGAAUUUGUAUGGAAAUUUCAAACAAUUGUACCUGUUGAAGAGUAAGAAUAGACAUCUUAAAGUUAGUUUGUCAAUUGGUGGCUGGACUUGGUCCACUAAUUUUUCAGCCGUUGCUUCUUCUCAUAAUUCUAGAGAAAAAUUUGUUAAUUCUGCAAUCAAAUUAAUGAAUGAUUUGGUUGAUUGGGAAUAUCCGAAAAAUGAGGAAGAUGCCAAUAACUAUGUAAUAUUACUUAAGGAUCUCAGAGAAGCAUUAGACCAAUAUGCUAAAUCAAAACAUGAAAUUCAUCAUUAUCUCUUGACAACUGCUGUACCAU